AACUCAUUCACUGGGCAAUAAAUAUUUGGUAGCGAUAGUUUCGCUUAUUUUAACAACAUCGAACAAUAUUUAGGCAUGGCUUUAAAACGUAUUCAAAAGGAGCUAAAUGAUAUAGUUCGUGAUCCUCCUGCUAAUUGCAGCGCGGGGAUUCUGGGGGACGAUCCUUUUCACUGGAGUGCCACAAUUAUGGGGCCAAAAAAUUCCCCUUUUGAAGGGGGUGCCUUUUUUUUAAACAUUCACUUUCCUACAGACUAUCCAUUUAAACCUCCCAAAGUCACCUUUGUUACUAAAGUAUAUCACCCAAAUAUUAACCAGAAUGGAAGCAUCUGUUUGGAUAUUCUUAAGGAUCAAUGGUCGCCAGCGUUAACAAUUUCAAAAGUUUUGUUGUCCAUUUGUUCUUUGUUUGACGAUGCUAAUCCGGACGAUCCCCUUGUUCCUGAAAUUGCUAAUAUAUAUAAAACCGAUCGUAAAAGAUACGAAAGUACAGCAAGAGAAUGGACUAGAAAGUACGCCAUGUAAAUACCCGUUUUCUGCAAAUAUUUUUGAGCUUUUCUGUUUUGCUUUAG